GUGGAUUUUUCUACCUAUCCUUCGCCAAAACGGUAACAAAGGCCGCAGUAGCAAUUCUAGAGCGUGAAUAACGUUAAAAUGGCUUCUUCUCUUCAGAAGCAGCUACAGCAAGUACAGAACAACAAUGUUCUGAAGGCUGGUAAAGUUCGGCGGGCACCGUCGUUAUUAUAUGAGCCCAAAGUUGCUGCCGAUAUGGAUUUGGAAGAAAUUUAUAUUACAGCAGUAAGCGGCUUUCAUGAGUUGGCGGUUCGUGAACCUCGUUUAUUGCAUUAUGAAAAAACUUUGUUAGGCGAACAAUCCGUUCAUGUCGAUAGGUUGACGUUGGAUAAAGCUGAAAACGAAAAAUUAAACAAGGAAUGCAUUCAUUUGUUACAACUUCUGGCUCCCUUCUUUACACAAAAAACUACUUUGAAAGUGCUAGAAUGGCUAAUUCGCCGGUUUAGUAUCCAUGAGUACGUCGCUGAUGAGUUUUUGCUCACAUUUUUUCCUUAUCAUGAUCAUCCCUUUUUUGCACGGGUCUUAGCUUGCUCGAAGCCAAGUUCAAGACCUAUGCUUUUUUUGAAGCCCGCUAUAGAAAUGCGCGUUGCAUUGUCACGUGCUGACAUCGUUCACGCUAUGAUUCGUGAUAAAGAUUUACUAUCGAUGUUUGCGCAGUUCGCCCAGGCUUCUGCAGAGUCAAACACGAUGUAUCCAGUCCUUGCACGAUUUUGGGCUGGUGUCUUUCUAGAGUCCAUGAUUUCAUGGUCGUCUUCUAACGUCGACUCCAACGUUAUCAUGGAUCGUCUAUUUUUGUACAUAUCUUACGCCGUUAGCUAUCCGGCUAGCACCACCUUUCAAAUUUCUGGGUUUAUGUGCUUAUCUGCACUCGCCGUUUCUUUUCCUUUACAUGUUGCAGUUAUUCCUCCUCUUUUAGACGCCAUCACGCUUCGUAUCACCACUGAUAAUAUACACCAAGCUUUGAUUUGUAUAGGUCAUCUGUUACAGACUCAGCAAGGCUCAAUAGAGUUUCAAAAAGAAUGGAUUGAGCGCUUGGAAGCGUAUGGCUCUUCCAGAUUGCUUUUGGAAUUAAACCAAAAGUAUCGCAUGGAUAAAUUGUUCACUAUGUACUGGUUUACUUUAUUAAAAUCUAAGAAAUCCAAUAAAGGUGAGCUUCUUCAUUUAUUAGAUAAUUCAUUCACCCAUCUUCAUAUUUCUUUUGAACAGGCCAAACUAUUACUUUCGACAGUAUCGUUGCAAUCAGAAUACUCCACAUUGCAAAGUUAUCGCCGAGUCAUUAAUAACGUUGAUAUGCAAGAUAAGAGUGUUACCACGGAUAGUCAAACAACUGGUGUUGUUGAACAACCGAAAGCCGAAGAUUCUAAGGUCUCUAAAAAUACAGACAGACGAGCUUUACGUUCUAAGAUUGAUUCGUUUGAAGAACCUCUUAAAGAACCAGUUGAUUAUACCCCUUGCGUCUUUUUGGCUGAUGAUGCUUUAUCUGACAAUCUAACUUACUUUUAUGAUUUGCUUCACAAGUUUACAAAGCGUAUACCGUUUUUGUGUUCUUGUAUUAUUUAUGGAAAGGAAGAAACCAGCGCCGUUGCUUUAGAGUGUUUAGAAAAGGCAAUCAUUUCUGAAAGCAACGAGACCGAUUUUCAAGCUCUUUUGCCUACUACUCUUUAUGCCUUGACUCGUACUUCGCUCAAAGUCAGAUCGAAAGCUUUGCAAAUAAUAUCUCAAAUUUCCCAGUCCACCGAGAAGAGUAUAUCAAAUGUUUACGGACUGAACGAUCCAGAAUUUGAGAAUUUCAAAUGGUUGAGUCUCGAAGAAGUUCGGGUGUUUUGUAAUGAUUAUAUUCUUAGCUGUUCUUCAGAACUUCAAAUGGACAAUAGUUACAUUUACUCUUAUAUCGGAGAGAAAUUAUACGCGGAGAAGAAGAGCAAGGAGUUGUCAGUUAAGAUGGCUGUCACAUCCUUUUUGACGUCGCAUGCUUUUAGUAGUCGAUUUACAGAAGUUCGUGUUUUUCUGUUGGAAGUUUUGCAUCAUGUUCGUGGAAAAGUUAGCGGCAUGAAGCAGCAACUUCUAUCUCCCAAAUUGACAAAUUUAUCAAAACCUGCUAACGCUGAGCAAGCAAAACAAGUUACUACGAAGGAGGCUGAAGCAAUCGUUAAAGUUUUUGAUCAACACUACUUUCCUUCACUGUUGGCACUGGUUAAGACAGAGUCAGCGUUAUCUCAGGCUGCUUGCAAGCAUUUGGUCAGUCUGCAAGAGAAGUUAAAGGAAUCUCAGUAUUUAGAAUUAAUCCGAUCAUUGACUGAUGUUGAAGACCAACCUUCAUAUUUUAUUGAUACUUUGGAUGCUCUCGAUAUCCCUCCUAAUGUUUUUCGAAAUUUGCUCGAAAAUUUUCAAUUUAGUAGCAAGAAUGGCGCAUCUUCAAAACGGGCACGUAGUAAAGAGGGAAUAUCUGCUUUUGAGUUACGAAAAGUGACUUCUGUUCUGGAACUUCUCGAAACUAAGGAUGCUGCAAGCCAUAGUUAUUUAAUUGCUCCUUUGUUUGACAUACUUAAUCAAGUUAUCAGCCUUAAGGAUCAAAUUGUCUCAGCCAACUAUUUGCUUCAGCUAUUACUUGGUCUUCUUUAUGAUAUGGUUUGUGCUGCUCCUGUAAAAGAAUUAUCUCCUUCCAUUAGAAUUGAUACAUUGGUCGGUUGUAUUAGAUCUACGAACAAUCCUCAGAUUCAAAAUAAAGCUUUAUUACUUGUUAGUGGACUUUCUCAUGCUGCUCCGGAAGUAGUUUUGCACGGAGUUAUGCCAAUAUUCACUUUCAUGGGGACUACAGUUUUGUCUCGCGAUGAUGCGUUCUCAAUCCACGUCAUUGAACAGACAAUUAAGACUGUUAUAUCUGCUUUGGUUAAACUGUCAAGCGAUUUCGAUUCCUCUCUAUUAAUCUCAUGCUUCGUAAACGCAUUCCCUCACAUACCACAACAUCGCCGUCUUCGACUAUAUCGAAUGCUUUUGCAAACGAUUGGUACUCACAAAUUUAUGUCCGUUAUUCUCAUUCAAUUUGCUGAAAAAGCUGUUGCGGCUAAACCUUCACAAGCUAAGGUCGUCCAGGACUUCUGUUUAACACUAGCUCAAAGUAUUUCACCUAUUGAUCGUAUUCGUACUAUCAAUCAAUGCUCCCAAACCUGUUUGCAGUCUUUUAAGGCGCAGACUGCUACUCAAAGUAACGGAAAGCCUAUUACUACUGUGAAAUUGGAGCAACUACCCAUGGAACUUGAUGUUAGUACCAUCGGAACAUUGCGUCUUAAAUUACUUGAGCUUACAUCGACUGUUUGCAAGGUAAGGAAUUUUGAAUCCGAUCUAGCUCGAAUUAUCGAUUCUGAUGUUGAACAAUUCAAACUUAUCGAAUCAGAUUUGUUCAAGUCGUUAGAGAUCUUACUUGAAUUGGGUGACAUUGUCAAGUCUGACCAAGAGAUUGACUACGUUUAUGCAGCUCUUCGCAAUCUUAUUGCCCUUCUCCCCGAGGAGUCUUUCUGUGCAGCUCUUGCCAAGUUGCUUCAUGACGAGCGCACUUUACUUCGCCGUAAAGCUUUGGGCGUUUUGCAACAGCGUGUGCAACGUGGUGCUAAGGUUUCUUCAUUAGUCACUUUGGUGCCUGAUGUUACUUUUAACAUAUCUAAUGGUAGAGAUGAAGAAACAGUGCAGCUAGCAAUGGAUUGUCUUUCUGACAUGGCCAAACGGUUCAAGAAGAACUCUGAAGCAUUCGAAUCUGCCAUUGAGGUUGUAUCUGGUACUUAUGGCUUAAAGAGUAAAGCAAAAGACGUUCAAGUCUCAUCCAUUGUUUGUAUAACAGUGUUAUCAAAUACAUUAGGAGCUAGAAUCUUACCUUAUUUGGCAGAUAUUAUGGAGAGUGUUCUUUCACUGUUAUUCGGCGCAAAAAAUGAUUCUGAAGGAGAUCUUUUAGAGUUGGCUUGCUUUUCGAUGAUGAUUGAUCUAUUCAAGGUUAUCCCAGAAUUCAGUGCUAGCUAUGUCGAACCUACAAUCAAAGCUGCUUUGGCUUCCGAUCGCGCAUUCGGUCAAGAUUCAAUUGGUGAAUUGUUAUUUGAUACUAUUGCCAAUUAUGUUCCUACCCGUCAUCUAAUUAAAUCUAUCCUCUCUGCUUGGACUGAGUGCACGAAAUUGGGAUCUACUGCGGCCCUUCGUCUGCUUGAACUAAUCGAGAUGACUUUGCAGAACUCUACAAGAGCAGCGGUUGGUACGGUUUACAAAUCUAUCUUCAGAUUUUUCCUUGAUUCUUUUGAUAGCCGACGCUCUUUAUUCUUCGCGGAGGACGUGGAUAAUGUAGAGACAAAAGCCGUAAAUGUUUUCCUCAAGUUUGUAAUGAAGUUGAGCGAUACAACUUUUAGACCUUUGUUUUUGCGCCUACAAUCGUGGGCAAUGGAAGAUUUACGGGAAAGUGACCCGUCUGGCAUUGUUUCUCGCCAAACUUUCUUCUAUAACUUUUUGACAACGUUUUUGGAUACUUUGAAGUCGAUUGUUACCAACUACUACGCUUACGUCUUAGAUAGCACAGUUGACAUCCUCUCAUCUAAGGACACAAACAGUGAACUCCGUCACUUGAUCAUUAGCAGUUUGGCUGUUGCAUUUGAAAACGACACGGAAGAAUUUUGGAUAGUACCUGCUCGUUUUAAUUUGCUUGUUCCUGUUCUGUUAGAACAAAUUCAGUAUGCUCCUUUGCUGGACAACAAAGUUUUGAUUAAGGCUAUUACUGAGCUUGCGAACGUCGCACCUUCUAGUGAAAACUAUAAAGCUAUUAAUACUCCUCUAUUGCAACACCUCCGAUCCGAAAAUACCGAUGUUCGCGUUUUGGCUAUCCAAAUCGAGACUCAAUUAUAUGGACGUUUGGCGGAACAAUGGGUUUCUACUCUUCCACAGUCCGUGCCGUUUAUCGCUGAAAUUAUGGAAGAUGACGAUGAAAAUGUUGAGGCUGCAACGACAGAGCUUGUCCGGAUCGUCGAUGAUUGUCUCGGUGAUAAUGAAUCGCUUCAAGAUUAUUUGACUUAAAAAGUGGGUUCGAUUAUUCGACUCCAAAAAAAUGUCAAAUAUAUAUCUACAGACACGAGUUUUACCGGAUAUUUGGAAAUGGGUUUUCGGGGUAACGGUUUUUAUUCGAGUUUAACCUGUUAUUAUAAAUUGCAUAAAGGAGCUCUUUGUAUAAUUUUUAUAUAUGUUUUGGGUAAAAAAUUGGGUUCUUGGUUUCAUAAUACGCCUGAUAAUAAAAGUUUUUUUUAAUGUAACAUAGAGCUAUCAAAGUUAGAUUGUAUGCA